UAUAAUGAGAAUUAAAAAAAGAGUAGCUCUAAUUUGGGAAUUAGAUAAUUUCCCAAUAUUAUCUAAGGAAAGGGCUCAUCCAAUAAUAUCUCCAACAUUCAAGAAUUUAAUUCUUUUUUUUUUCUUUUUCUUUUAUUCAUCACCUUAAUUUUUAUUUUAUUUUUUAAAAUUUUAUUACCUGACCAAUAAUAUUCUCAAUAAUAAAUUCCAAUACCACUCCACUCCCAAUAAUAAUUCCUCACUUUUUUCAACCUUUUUCAACCGCAAUCCCAAUUUUAUAAACAAAUGUCUUAUUAAAGUUCAAACCUUUUUCUAAUUUUUAAAAAAACAAGUCUUAUGCUAUAAAUUUAUUUCCACCUUCAAUGAUUUAUUCUUGAAAUUGAAAGAGUAUAAAUCAAAAGGGUGGUUUUUUUUUUUUUAGAGAGAGAUUUAAUGGAAGCCAUUAAAAGGCAAGCUAACAAGCUCAAAGAUCAAGUAUCUAAGCAACAACAGGCUCUUCUUAGACAGUUUGGGCACUUUGGUGGUGAAGCCUUUGUAGUAGACGAAGCAGAGAUUUCAUGCCGUGACCAACUGCACAAGCUAUACACUUCUACGCGAGAAGCCAAGCAUUUUGAGAAGAGCUUAGUACAUGGCAUAGAAGGGAUUACAUCAGUUACUUCAAAGCAAAUUGAAAUAGAGAGAAAAUUUGCUCAAGACUGUUGCAGAUAUGGAGCAGAAAGCCAUUGUAGCACAUCCCCUUUGACAGAAGCUGCAGCGCGUGUUGGUACCUCUCACAGUUUAAUGGUAGAAGAGAAGGAGACCAUGCUAGGAAUAUUUAAUGAAAAGGUCUGCAAGUCAUUGCAAGCACUGGUAAGAAGUGCUGAGCUUGAGGAUGCUCGGCUUCUUGUACGUCGAUAUGACAAGUUAUGGCAGGAAGUGGAAGCUCAGGCAGCUGAUGUACUAAGACUGAGGUCAAAGUCCACUGAGGGAGCAAAAUCUGAGGAAAACUUCGUCAAACUUGAGAAUGCAGAGGAAAAGUUGGAUUAUCUUAAAUCUAGAUUGCUGGCACUUGGAAAGGAAGCAACAUCUGCAAUGCAGUCAGUAGAGGCACAUCAGCAAAAGAUGACUUUCCAUCAGCUUGUUGUUAUGCUGAAUGCUGAAAGAUCUUACCAUCGCAAUGUUCUUGCAAUGUUGGAAAAGGUUCUUCCUGAGAUGAUUCAAUUGGAACAAUUGUGCGAGUCAUCGCUUCCAGAAGAUGCUGCACAGAGCCAUUCAAAUGGAAGCAAGGAGCAUUACAUAGAACAAGAAGAUGGUGCAUGCUAUGUUGCAAAAGUUGAACACCCAUUCGAUGCUCAAGCCGAAGAGGAGCUGAGUCUACUGGUUGGUGAUAUUGUCGUGGUGCGGCAGGUAUGUUCUUCAAUUGCUGGAGGCUUAAUUGUUAAUAUCAGUCACUUCGCAAAUGCAGUCAUGCAUAUUACUGUAAUGAUUAUCAACUUCGUUUUUGUGUGGUGCUUUGUUUGCUUCUAUCCAGAUGAUUCCCGGUGGCUGGUCCAAAGGCGAAUGCAGUGGUAAGACAGGAUGGUUUCCUUCCCCUUAUGUACGAAGGUUGGAUGAAGUUUCAGAAGGCAAUGUAUCCUGGGCAAACCUCUAGCAGCAAUAGUUUCUAGUUACCACUUAAUUUUUGCUGUAAAAUAACUUGUAUAGCUUAUUGUUUUUUAUACAAUAUCCACUGUCUUUUAUAGAAGGGAUCACAAUAUUCACUAGAGAAAUUGUACAAAUUCAUGGGUUUUAAGUUUUGGUAUUGCGUAAACAUUGUGUAGCACAACCUUAAGGCAUCUACCACAAGUCCAUAAUACCUUGUAAUAAUGAUUUGUAAAUCAUAAAUUUAGAGAAAAUAACAUAACUUUUACAUCA